AUGGCAUGCCUCCAGUGCACUUCUGUAAUAGAUGAAAAUGAACAAUAUUAUGCUACCGAUGAUAUGGGUCCUGAAAUAAUUUCGGUCAUCGAGCGGUAUCUUGGCCAUCUGAUACCCGAGGGUGGUUUAAUAUGUUUUGCUUGUUGGGUACAUACUCGGCGUACAAUACAACAACAAGGAAUCAUAGCAGCUCCUGCUGUUAUGAAUAUGAAUGCAUGUGUAUGGUGCCGACGGUCUCUUGCCCAAACACGCAGCCACUCCAUACCUGAAGGACCUGAACGGACCAUAAUAACACAAACGAUAUAUCCAAGAGAGAUUCCACCAGGAGGACUGGUUUGCUAUGCUUGUUGGGUAGCAGCACGUAGAAAUGUGGAGCAUGCUACAAGGGUUGAGGAUAACCGGCAAGGCCCAUCUAAUCUUCACCAAGACUCUAUGUGUGCAUGGUGUAGAAUGUCGCUACACCGAAGGCGAACACAUGUGGCUAGUGGUCCUGUGAGAGAUGAAGUUGCAGCAAGAAUUUACCCCAAUGAGUUACCAGAACAUGCGCUACUUUGUUCCAACUGCUGGACACGUGCACACGAAAAUAUAGAAAUGGAGCAAGAAGUUGUGCAAUUUGAUAUCCAGCCACCAAGUGCAUCAAUAACACUUGAUGGUUUUACACACACAACACAGACAAGUACUCAUUGUUUUGUGCCGGCCUGUAACAAUGUAGAACGAAAUAGAGUGCCGGAAUACUUAAGAAGAAUUAUAUUAAAAUCGGAAAAAAUAUUUGUGACAGAAAAUGCAAGAGUAUGUAAUGAACAUAAAUGUUUAUACAACUGGGAGUUUCUGGACCAGCAUCAGUUCUCAAAUACAUUUACAAAAAAUGAAAUAGAGUCAAUGCUGAAGCUGAGUAUCCAGGACAAUGAAAUAAAUCAACUAGAUUUUAAUAAUAUGAGUAGUAUUGAUGAGGGACUCUUUAAGUUCUGGACUGGAAUUACAAAAGACAAUUUUAUAAAUAUUUUAAAUGUAAUAAGCCCAGCAUUGACUUGCAAAAACCAAAAAAUUGCUUUGGGAAUCUAUUUGGUGAAAGCUCGUACAGGGGACUCCCAUGAAAGGAUUGCCUCUCUGUUUCAUCUGACCAAGUCCUCAAUAACACGAUUGCUUAGAGUAGCUAAAGAGGCAUUGCUAAGAUAUUACGAAUUACUAUACACGUCAAUCAAAUGUCACUGUCAAUAUGACAUUUUUCGCGUACUGCUGUUCCGAUCCACCUGGAUCCACCAUGUUUAA